GACUGUCAUUUUGUAUAUUUGCAUAUUUUCAUUAUUCUGUGACAAAUUAUAAAAGUCUUAACAUUGACAUAAUGAUAGAAGUUUAAUUUUCAUUAGAUAAAUAUUAAAAGUUAUUAUUUAAUUAUAAAGUAGAUAAAUUCCGUGGACUAGUGUUAUUGUUACGAAUUUAUAUUUUUAAUUCUGAAUGUGAGAUGACAUUAACUUGGUUAUAAUAGGUUUAAUUAUCUUUAAAAUUAAUACGUCCUUUACUUCUAGACCGCUUUUAUUAUGGCCAAGCAAAAUAAUGAUUGUUAUACAGAUAACAUUAAGGUAAAAAUUUCUGAAAAGUAUAAACCACCACCUCGUAUCAAUUUAGCCAUUAGUUAUGCACAGAGGAUCAAUCUAAACAAACAAAUUCAAGAUAACAUACCAAGUUACGAAUUUUCUCUAGAAAAAACUGCUCUUAUUAAAAUGAAGGAAUGGAAGAAUCAUAGGGUAACCAUUGCUCAGGAAAGAAAAGAUAGGAUUGAUUCUGCUAGAGAAGAAUACCUAAAAAAGAAGAGAAAUGAACAGGAAUCAAUAGACAAAGAGAAAAUAGAUGAAAUAGAGCUUAAGACUGUAAAUGAGGCUGCCACUACAGCAACUAGUACAUCAUUCAUGGGAGGAACAAAUGUUUUAAGUAUCAGUAGGAAUUAUGGAAGAUAUUCAGCUAAUGAUGAUAUUCUAGUUCCUACACAAAUCACGAAUCCUUAUUCUAAUAUCCUUACACCCAUCCCAUUACAAAAUUAUAGUAAUCAGCAAUAUCCUCAUAAAACUGAUAAAAGUCCAUUCAAUAUAUCAGAUUUUGAAAACGAUACCUCAAGUCCUUUUGACAAUAUGGAAUUAAAAUCUAUUAAUGAUAUGGAGGAGUUAGCGCAAGUUUUAAAUAGAGAUAAAACUAAUUAUAAGCCAAGUCCUAAUAUUAAUGCAUUUUCAAACUUUCCCAGUGUAAAGCCAACAACAACACAAGUUCAACCUACGUAUUCUAAUUACAUGAGUAAUCAGUAUUCUUAUAGCAUUCCUAAUUCUGCAUCUUAUGUUCGGCCAGUUGUAUCUGAUUAUUCAAGUACAAAUGGCUUCUAUUACGAUACUAAUCCAUUCCAACCUUAUGCCUACAAACCUAGUCCUCCUACUGAGUAUUACACACCUUCAUCACAAUCAUUAAAAGAUAGAUCAGAAACUAAAACAACAAAUUGUAAAAGUGUCCCAGAUAUUGUGAAAGCGUUAGAGAAUGAAAUAGAAAAUACUCAUAUUAGUACUUCAGUUCUUCAAGAAUCUUAUGUAAGAAAUGAAACAGUCACACAGAAUACAAGGCCUAAGAGUAUAGAUGCUGUUUAUCCUCGGCCGAAGAUUAAAAAAGACGAGUUGGAUGAUCCAUUUCAGUUAUUAACUAAGAGUCAACAAGACUUAUGCAUGUCUAUAAGUUCUAUGGGAUUUCCAUUGUCAAGGGUUGCUAGGAUUUGCCAGAUUCUUGGAGAUGAUCAGAAAAAGGUUGUAGACCAUUUGUUGGCGUUGUCAGAUCUAUUAGAUUUAGGAUUUGCUGAAAAAGACAUUUCACUUGCGUUGGUUGAAUGUGACAAUGAUAAAGACAAAGCUUUGGAUAAAUUGAUAUCGUAAACUUAUUUUUAUGGCUGUGCUGUAUUAUAUACUUUUUAUGCUGAAAAAUGUAUUGUGAUUUAAAUUUAUUUA